GUAACCAUGGCUAGCAGGGACCGUAGUUUCGCAUCGUCCUGCAGCAGCAGCGCCAGCUACUACAGCGAGUUUGGACCACCGUACGCGGACCUGCCGAUGGAGAUCCUAGUAAAGAUAUUCACCUACCUCAGUGCAUCCGAUCGGUGUGUAGCUGGCCAAACCUGCCAGCGGUGGCUUGAGGCAACCCAGCACACUGGCUUGCGGGAUCGACUUUGGCUUAUGCUGCGCCGAAUCCCGUUCGAUGCCAACAGUUCGCCCGUUUCCGAUUUGCUGCGGAGCUGUCGCUCCUUCCCGAAUGUCGGCCUCUCGGAAGUGGACGUUGAGCGAGUGGGGGAUUUUUUCCAACACUUCGGACCCGCGAUCCGACGCCUUGAGCUGGGUUCGUGCGAAAUCCAGGAACGCGAUCUGUACGCCAUUUUACGCUCGCUGCCAGCGCUCCGCUCACUGACAAUCCGGUCGUGUCGCGAUCUGUUCAUGUGCGUGCGGCUGUUCGAAGACCCUGCCGAACGGGCGGAGCUUUCCAAGACCCUCGCCGGUGUUACGGAGUUACGGCUCACCCACAACCAAUACCUGUCCGAUGCGAUCCUCCACCGGAUGUGCGAAAUUAUGCCCUCCCUAGCCGUGCUCGACCUGUCGGGGUGUCACAUUUCGUUCCACAAGGGCCUCUAUCGGAAGUUCUACCCGGGCAGCGGCAGCAAUGGGACGGAACCGUCGGAGAGUGUGCUUACGUUCCACUACAUUUCACGGCUCAUCGAUGAGCGAAAGCGAACCCUACGGGCACUGAACUUUAGUGAAACACUGAUCGACGAUGGGGCGCUCGAGGUGCUGGCCGCGAUGCAACCGGAACUGCAACUCCAGCGGCUCGAGUUGAACCGUUGCGAGCAGCUUUCAUACCGUGGGCUGCAAACGCUGUUGCGUGUGCAGACCGCAACCCUAACGGAACUGGACCUAACCAAAGCUUACCGCAUGACGGACAGCUGUCUGUGGCAGAUUUGCAACGAGCUGACGGGCUUACGAGUCUUGCGUCUGCGCGGGUGUCGUGCCAUCAGCAAUCAGGGUGCCCGGGAGUUGGUCCACCUGCAGGCGCUGGAAGUGUUGGACGUUUCGUACUGCGAGGAAAUCACCGGCGAAGGUUUACUGGUUGGCUUGGCUUCCCGGCCGCGCCCCAAUUUGCGCGAGCUACACAUCCGGGCACUCAACCUCUGCGAGCGUACAAUCAUUGCGUUAACCGAGAAUCUGCCCCAGCUGAACGUGCUCGAUGUGGGCUUCUGUCUCGACUCCGUGUCCGAUCUGUGUCUGCAGCACAUCUUCCGCAAUCUCGUGCAUCUCACGCGGCUCGAUCUGGAGAAUUGUCGUAAAGUUACGGACGAUGCCAUGACCGGGCUCGGAUUAGGACCGUUGUUGCGUCAGCAGGAGCUGAAAAGCAAGCCGUCGCCGGACGUCGCUGACGGUGCCGAGUCUCCGGAGGCUGAUCAAAACAAUGAACCAGCGGAGUUGAUCGUGGUGGAUGUACCGAUCGCGCCACCGAUGCGCAUAUCGAUCCGGAGCCGAGCCGAGCAGCAAAUUGUCGAGGAAGCGGAACGUAAACAGCGCCUGAUGGCCGUCAUUAACCGCCGGUCCCAAACGGCCAUCGAUGAACUGCGUGCGCGCGCUGAUGACGAUGAAGCAAAUGGAUACUCGAUCGGCAGGCUUCAACAACUGCGGGUCCUCAAUCUCGCCUGCUGCAAUCAACUGACGGACGUCUCGUUGCUAUGCAACUUUCGCCUGGUCGAGCUGCAGCAACUUUCGCUCGCCCAGUGUCAGCAGAUUUCGUUCGACGGCAUCCGGGUGCUUGUUCGCAACUGCCCGUCGAUCGAGCAACUCGAUCUUAGCGAGUGCCACAGCCUGAACGAUCGCGCCGUGGAACAGAUCACGGUCCACCUGAAGCGUCUGCGAACGCUCAGCCUACGCCGAUGCUAUCAGCUGACUGAUUUCACCCUCGACUACAUUGCGCUACACGCCCGUCAGCUGAGGAUGAUCGACGUCCGCGGGUGUAAACAUAUGUGCGAUGAUCCGGGCAUGAGGCUCGUCAACCUGCCACUGUUGACUACGAUAUUGCCCGGAAGACAGGACGAUUGUUGUAGUGUGACCAACUUCGGGGGCAGAUUGUCGGGAGCACUUUCGCUGGGCAUUGGACGACCGACGGCGCGGCCUGCGCCUCCUCCACCGCGAAUGCCGGUGUUUAUUUAACAGGCGCACGGUGCUGUUGGGAUUGUUGCUGCUCUUUGAUGCCGCCUUUCUCUUGCUGAUGGUUACACUGGCGGGACCGUAGAACGCGCCGACCACGUGUGUAAGAAAUCAAACAGAUUAAUAACGUAUGUCCUUUAAAAUGUUAUGUAAUUGAACCACUUACGCGCUGUUAAACAAAAGCCACCCCCGAGCAUCGUUGGAGUUCGCUUAUUUGGGCCGAUUGAGCCGAUAAAUGAGGUGCUACAAACGAUGGAGAAAAAUGCAAACACUUGAUAAGUGGUUUUGGAGCAACAAAUGAUAAGGACUAGUCGGUGCCAUGCUCAUAAAAGUUAAUCGUAAAUGACGGACGAGAGAUAUCAUCAAAAGCAAUAAAAGCGCGCGUCAUACGCUGGAAAUGACUUUACAGAAUUUUGGGCAAGAAGCAAGGGCGAUUUAUAUGAUAAUUAAUUUAUGUAUUCAAUUGUGCUUCAGCAUUAAAUUGUUAUUUAGUAUUUUCGACUAGAUAUAUAAC